GGGUCCGAAAACCAGUGUUGGGUGUAACGCGUUACUAAGUAACGCGUUACUGUAUUUAAAUUACUUUUCCACUGAAAAAGUAGAGUAACUAAAUACUGUUCAUUUUUAGGUAUUUUAAAUACAGUUACUUACAAUGUACUUGCGUUACAUUGUAAAAUAACUAAACUCGCUGAAAAUCAUUAUUUAAUUUCAAUAAUUUAUCUUCUAAAGGUAAAAAUAAACUCUGCCGCUUUAACAUCGCUGUAGUGCAGCUGCACGUCAUUUCGCGCCAGUUUGCUGCAUAGUCGUAUUCUACAGCGGAAGAUGUCGGACUCGGCUGAAGCGAGUGGCUGCUUUAUGAAAUGGAAAUAUUCCCGUCACUUCACUUUUCUAAAACAAGCAGACAAGAACAUUACGGUAAUAUGUAAGCUAUGUCCUGGGGAGAAAAAAUUAUCGGCCGCUGUCAAUAGCACGAGUAAUCUGCUGAAGCACCUGACACGGCAGCACAGACAAAGCCUUCUGAGUGAGCCAUCUUCAUCAUCCAUGGAUAACACCGCGGCAACUCCUGCCAAAUUCAUCUACAGAAGUGCAACUUCAAAGUGUUCUGCAAUGUGGACAAAAGCAAACCGUUCUUCUGUUGCUUCAGAGUUGGUAGAUAAUUUUUUCAAGAAAAAACUCAUAGUACCUGUUUCAACACAAUGGAAUUCGUUUCACGACGCUCUGUCCAGGAUCACUGACAUUCCCCUUGCUGAAUUAAAUACUGUCUGCACUCAGUUUGGAAUCAAAUGCUUCACUGAUCGGGAGUAUCUCUUCCUAAAGGAAUAUUGUAUCGUGUUGAAGCCACUCACUGUUGCACUAGACAUAUUGCAAGGAGAAGAGAACUGCUAUUUUGGAAUGCUUCUUCCAACUCUGGAGAUUCUAAUGUCCAGGACGCUGGCACUGCAGGACGAGUUUAAGCUGACAGCAUCCCUCCCUGAUAUCAUUGUUAAGGCGAUCAAGGUGCGCUUUUCCUCAAUGAUGGACAAUAAAGAAGCUCUCCUGGCUGCAGUCACUUUGCCUAAAUUUAAGUUACGCUGGAUCAGAGAAGAAGAGAAAAAAGACAUGGUUAGGGCAAUGCUUACUACAGAGUGCCGUGGGUUGUCUCUUGAAGACCAACAACCUGCUCAAGAUCACAAGAACCCUGCUAACUCCACUGAUGACUUUUUUUCAUUUGAGGAGGACGACUGUACCUACUCUGCUGAAACAGAUGUGAUGGAAUAUUUGAAAUCUGCUGGGUCUGAGCUGGGUGUUCUUAGCCAGUUUCCCAGGAUUAAGGCCAUUUCACUGAGGCACAACACAGCCACACCAUCAAGCGCACCAGUCGAAAGGCUUUUUAGCCUCGGCAAUCUUGUGCUUACACCCAGAAGGAACAGACUGUCAAGUGAACGCUUUGAGAGACUUACAUUAAUGAGAUACAACAACUUUUACAAAAACAACACAGCUAUGUUUUCCAAAAAUGUUUUGGAAAACAUGAGUGCAUACAGCAUGCAGGAAAUAUGGUGCUCAUUGGUUUGAGCAAGUUUCAGAGGAAUUCUGUUUGUUAACCAAAGUUCAGAGUUAACUUCACUUUGUUGAAUCACAUGACAUGAUUACAUUAUGUAUGAAUAUGUUACUCACUGCUUUGAAAAUGUAAAAAUUCUAAUGUUUACUGCGUGAAAUAUGUCAUGUUUAACAUUUCUUAAGUUAAGCUUUUUUGUUAUUCAGAUAUGUUGCAGAAAAAUAUAUUUGUUAUUCUGGAAUUGUGUUUCUUAGCUAAAGAAAGUUACAUUCCUUACUAAAAACUGUAAUUAUUAAAGAAUGUUUUUUUUUAUAGAAUGUAAUAAAGAUGAUUCAGGAAGCAAAAAGGCUAAACUAUUUCAUGUUGACUCGUAUUUUUUUUAAAAAUUAUUUAUUAUUUAAAGAGUUUAAUUUCUAUUGUUUGUCCACUCAAGGUUUAUGGGGAUUUUAAUAAGUAUUUAGUUAAAUUACUUAUUGAGUAAUUAAGUUACUUUUCAGACACAGUAAUUAGAUAAGUAUUUUAAAUACAAUAUUGAUUAAGUAAUUAGU